AUGAUUCACAGCGGAGAGAGAGAAAAAGGGGGAGAGAAAGAGGGAGAGGGACAGAGGAAAAACGGCAGAGAUAAAGAGGAAGAGAGAGAGAUGCCGGUAAGAAAAAACAUAUGAUGCUUGAUUUGAAAGCCGAAUGACAAGACGUGAGCAGGAUAGGACUGAGAUGGACGGAGAGGAUUGACUGAUGCGUCUGAAUGACUGUGACUGUGUUGAUAAGGUUCUUGCUUUUCAAUUGAUUGGAAGAAAAUAGAGCAGGUGGCAGCAGCGGUGAUGAAAGAGAGAGAGAGAGGGAGGGAGAGGAUGCUUAAGAAUGAAUGCUGCUGAAAAGAUGAAGAGAUAGAGAGGCUGGGGAUGGUUUUCAACUAUCAAUAGCCUCCUUUGACAGAGCUCAACUCAUUUAUGGGGUAGGCAUCGCUAAUAGAUGCAAAUUAGACAAUUUUGUGUCCUAAUGUUAAAUCUGAGAUGUAUAUCUGAUUCUUCAGGACAUCUUUCUCAGCAUGUUCUUAAAUGUGUGUGCAUGCUUAUCUGUUCUAUUAUUGUGAUUAACUGAGUCUAAAUAGAGUUUUUGAAUCAGUGAUUAGCACCUUAUUUAACUUUUUCUGCCCUCUGAGCUGGUUCAAAUGUCACCCUUAUGUUCCCACAUUUCUCGAUGUCCUUUCUGCGCUCAUAAUACGUCCUAAACGCCUCUUUCAUUUGUUGAUCGUGACUUUCUCUAAGCUGACGUUUAGAGCUAUUCAUCCAGUUGUUGUUUCCUCCCACAAAGUUGGCUUUGCCAGGCUCGCUGGUUUGGCAAACACAAAGCAGAGACACCAACAACAGAUCUAAUUUGAUGCAGGGUUGAAAUUCAGUUUGGGAUUUCUCAUGUUGACCAAAAGGACCAGCUUCGAAGGAAUAUUGACGUCAUCUUGAUUUUAUUUUUGGCAGCAAAUUUGCAUGGGGCUUUAAGGCUGCUUGGUGCAGGCUGUCGCAUUAACAUCUCUCCAACUUUUAAAUCCCACUCAGAGUUGUUUGAGAAUUUAAUUUUUUGUUGUCUUUGCAAACCCCCUUAAGGUUGUCAGAGCAGUUUGGAUGUUCGCAGAUAAAACUUCCACAUAAUUGACCAACAGAGAUUUGAGACUGUGAUGAAAAUUUCACCAAAAGUAACGGAUGUACUUUCUUAAUGAAGUGUCUUGGCUGUUUUUUCAGAUUUAGGAUGCCUUUAGACUGUUUUCGACCAGAAACUGCGGAUAGCCCCAUUUAUCUCUGUGUUUCAACAGUCCUCUGGAGAAAAGCAUUAAACAGAUGAUUUUUACGAGGGAUGUGCAUAUGAUUCAACAAAAUUAUUAAACAUUUUCUCCAAUCAGCAUCAGUAUUGCAAGGCCCAAAAUGCUUGUCAUAUGUUGUUUCUUAGCCAUAGCACCCACCUAUCUCUUACUGGGCCCAUUACUCUAGUCAGUGGCAACUACCAUACUGCUAUGAGGCUCUACUAUUGAGAUGUAAACAAGCACAGAUGAUGGAUGAAAUCUCUUUGCAUGGCGUGAUUUGUCAGUAUUUGUACAAAUAAAUACAGAUAAAGGUGUUUGAAGGCUGUUCCUAGUUAAAGUUCCUCUAACUUCUUGACCAGAGCAAAAUGUAACCAGCACAGGCAUGUAAUGGUUAACCUGCAAGUAGGGCUAAAGGCUGCAGGUGUUAGCUCUGAUGUUAGCCUCAUACUGACCCGCAAACCCAUUCAACAUCUCUCCUGUUGUUUAGGACCAACCCCUGACACUCUAUGAUCUGUGUAUCCACAUGUCUUGCCUAAUUUUGAGUGUUUUCUAACCUUCGUAAUCAUUGUCAUUAUUUUUAGUCAACCUGAUUGUACGACUGAAUUUCAGGUGUUUUGUUCAUUUCGAUACUUGUGAGUGGUUCUGUCGUUCCCCAUGUGUUUGUGUCUGCAGCUCUGUGUUUGUAUUUGCUGCUGUCUUUGUUAGGUCUCCCUUGAAAAGAGAUUUUUAACCUCAGUGAGACUAACCUGGUUAUAUAAAGGUUAGAUAAAAAAAAUAAAUCAAAUGUUCUUGAAUAUAACAAGACAGCUGGCCCACAAGAUUUUCUUGAUGAUCUUUAAUGUGAAGUUAAGGCAGUAAAAUCUUUCUUCAAGCUCAUGUGAGUAACUAGUAAUUUGUGGUUAUUUUAGCGCCCCUUGUGGACAAAAUGCUCUGUCUUAUCUUUUUUCAGAUCCUGUCUCGAACAUAUAAAAAUAAGUUUUCCUGAUGAGCUCUUCUGACUGCUCUUUAAAGUCAAAUUUAUCACUCUCUUUGCCUUGAGAAAUUUAAAUCAUCAGCGAUCUCCUUGUCUGACCAGCGAAUAUAAAAUAACUUAAAAGAAAUAAUCCACCAUCCUCCUGAUGGUUUUGACUUUGUAGGGGAUAAAGAGGCACUAGUGGUAAUUCCAGUGUUUCAUAACAAGGUAAAAACUCUUCAAAGGAGCUUUAAAUAUCAGGGGUUUAUCUUUUGUUGUCAAGGGGGUUUGGAGUGUUUUCCAUUUAGAGCCUGUUACUGUGAAAUAUGUUCAGGUAUAAAACUAUCAAGGGCAUCAGUAAGUAGCUUUUUGUUGGGCACAUCUUCAGGCAAAAACAAAGUGCUUUAAAGGAACACUGAAGGUUUCUACCUUUUGUGCUUUGGCACAUUUUCCCUCUUGAGCCUGUUUUGAUUUGUUGGCAUAUUUUUGCACAAAUUACUUUUGCACUUCACCACCAAGGUUGUGAGUUUUUAGCUCGGUUUCAUGGUGUUCUUGGGAGAAAAACAUACACAGAAAUCCUUCAGAAGAUAUUUACCCUUUGUUGUCUCACUCUGAACAGUUUUCAUCCUUUAGGUCAGAGAUUUUGUUGGUUUUUGUCUCAGUAUUAAACUUAAAUGAGUUUGAUCAAAGCAGUUCUCUAACAAGGGCUUCAGGAUGAACUUUAAUGUUUAACUUGUCCGGUAGAAAAUAACCUGGGUCUACAGUAACAGUGUACAUCUAAGGUUUUUAUGCUCUGUUGUCAUGUUGUUUGAAUCUCCACAAUUUACAAACAAAAAGGCUGCUCUGAGAAGAGAUACAAAAAAAUAUUUUGAACCCUAAAAAAAGACUGAAAAGGAGUAAAUAAAGCCAUUAGCUGCUUUUACAUGGGCACAAAUAACCAGAAUAAAUGCCCAAUCAGAACAAAAAAGCAUCAUGUUAACAUGUCGGCUCAAUCGGAAAGAAAUUGUAUUCCGAUUGACAGGGGUGGUUUGUGCCGAUCGUUAUUCCACAAUGCAUCCAUGUAAACACUUAUUCUGACAGUGACUCUCUAAUCUAACUCAGUUUUCACUCUCUAGCCUUUGGCGGCCAGUACAGGAAGUUUCAUUGUUAACACUCUGGCAUAAAACACAACCGCAAGUGCCGUGUCUCCUCCUCUGGUCACAUAACAAGGUGUACAUACAGCGUAAUGAUGUCACAUUUGCAUGCACAACCUUUGACAAGACAGUAAAAUAAGUAAGCAAGGGCGCCAUCUGUUGACAGCAUUUAACUGGGGGAAAACUCCUGGAUUGGAUGAAGUGAGCCACUACCACGUUUGUUUGUUUGUUGACAGCACAGGCGCAAAUACAACUCUUCUACUUCUGCGGUUGUUCUUGCAAAAUCAGAAAACUCUGCGCAUGUCCAAAUGCUUCAAAUCUAAAAAAAGCCCGGUGCAUGUAUACGCACUUCAUGAUCGGAUUAUUUGAUUUUGUGCCCGUAUAAACAGUGGAUUGAGAUUUUCUGAUCCCACAUUUUUUUUACAGGAUCAAGAAAUUUUGAACAUGAAAACAUCGCUAAUGACAUCACCUGAUAGUUUGUGAGCUGCUGUUUAGACCUUAAAGUUUGGUUUGUCAGCAGUUGUUGAGUAACUUAUGAUGGGCCUCCACCAAACGAUUUUCACAGUCACAGACUAAAAACUGAAAGUCUUAAGUAAAUCUUGGAGUUUUACUGUAGUCACAGCGAGCUCACGUCAUCUCGAUCAUUAAGUCUAAGGUGGCAGUCUUUGCUGUUUUAUAUCAGUCUUUUCUUAGUCUAGGGUUUGCAAUAAUAUCAAACGUGCUUGAUAUUAAUGCAAGUUGCAGCAGAAAAACAAGAACGUAUGUAGAAUUACUGGUGAUAAAAAAAAGGAUCAGGCAGAUCAGCCUUACCUAUUCAACAUCAACUGAAGGGUUUCCCCUACAUUUAAUGACGCACUGCCACAGCUACAUAAAAGCCACCACUACUCAACAAUAACGUUUUUUUACGCGCUAUCUCGGGCCCAGUAUGUAUCAGUAAAUGUGGCACACAUGGCUGCACCCUGGGGCAUGUGUGCCGUGUGUAUUAGCAUUAGCUAGUUCCGAGUUGUCAUACACAAACACACAGCUGAUUAAUGAGCCGCCCCCCAAAAUCACACACCACCACAGACAGAAUCAGCACCAGUAGCAUACAACACUGAACUAGUUGUGGUCUUGUAAAUAGUGACCCUGCAAGAGUCACAGCCUUUGUAAAUUCUUAAUGUGUGCUUAUUUACUCUGUAGAAUACAUGUAAAACCAGGUCAAAACUACUAAAGGAAACACAUUUUUUGACAAAAAUGCAUCUUUUCAAGUAUUUCAUGUCUUGUUUUACUUCUUGUUCCUGUGUUAUUUUGUUUAACAUUGUCCUGGUUUUCAUGUUUAUGUGUGUAAUAUGUUCCCAAAGCAGGGUGCACAUAAUGAGAUAACUGUUCAUAUUUGGGCCCUAAUUCAUGCCUUUUAACUAAAGUCAUCUAAAGUCAAUUAUCGGAUGGUUUUUUAGAUUAUCUUCCCAGAUUAUCCUGUUGGUUUUUCAUCCCUCUGACCUGCAGAGAAGAUGAUCUGAGCUGUCCCAACUUUAAAUCAUAAAUAAUAAAUAUGUUCAGUAUUUAACAAUCAGAAUUCCUUGUGUGUGAGGGAAAACCCAACCUGAGCACAAAGACAUGAAGAAUAACUUAGACUGACGUCAGAAUUAUUGGGCCCACUUGAUUCAUGGCGAUAAAUCUCCUAUUGUGAUCUAGUGUAUAAAAUUUUUUCUUGAUCUGUUUUAUCAGCACCCUUGUGUCUCUCGGUGUUUUCUGUUUAUUUUAUGGCUUUGGUACAGUUCAACAUCCUGUGUUUUCCCUUUUUUGAUUCUGUGCCCCACCAUGAUUAGUUUCACCUGUGUCGUGUUUGCCCUACUUGUGUCUGAUUACCUGGCUUGUUUUUAGUCUCUGUGUGUCUUCCCUCCUGAGUUAGUUGUUAUGUCUCACAUCUUGUACUCCCCGGUGUCUCUCCUGUGGCGUCUGCCUUUUCUGCUUUUUGAAUUUGGACUUUUGUCAAUUUUUAGUUUGGACAUUUCUGUUUACCAAAGAGAGUUUUUGUUUAUCCGUAAUUUGGGUCUUGCAUUUUUUCUUUUUUGAAAUGUGACAGUAGUUGAGCGUACAGUUUUUUCCUCAUCAGACUAACCUUUUGAAACCUGUUGGAUUGCCCCCUGCAGGCCAUGAGAAAUCAUGCACCAUCAAGGCACUUUUGCUCUGGUUUCAUGUUUAAAUCAACAACUUUUUUAGAGUCCAUUUCCCUUUAAUCUUAGCUGAAGGGUUCCCGGCAUUAUCAAUAACCUGCCGAUGGAUAAAGAUCUACGGGUUGGUGCUAUGAUGGAUGCAUUAGUGAUUCUGAUAGUCAAAUCAAUAUUCAAAGGAAAUGGUUGGAUACUUUUCAGACAGGCGUGUGCCACUUUUGGUGCUGAGUUGUUGGUGAAGUGCUCUGCAGGCACAGCUGGAGUGAAUUUAAUCAGGCUCUACAGCAGUUUAGCAUUGCAUUUUGAUUAGGAGAGGAAAAAAAGGAUCAAACUCUUUCAGCAAAGGCCAAGAAAUCCUCACUUUCACCCCUUCAUGUUGGUCAAGUAGCCAACAACACUUGAUCCAGCUGUCGUCCAAAUGAAAAUGAGUUGUUCACUUAUUUUUACCCCUUUUGUUUCUGAUACUUCCUUUUUUAAAUCCUCAUCAGAUUUGAGAAAAUGUAGAGCAACAGGAGACAUUAUACAACUGUUUUGUGGCUUGAUUAGCAUUUAGCCAGUAAACUUAGUGCAACGUAAUUACUACUGGACCCAUUUGAUUGGACUUGCAAGAAUAUUUCUAAUGUAACUUUAGUGAAUAUGCUAAUACCCACUCAGUUAUAUGAUUAUGAAGAGACAUUUUGGAGCUGCAUCCCAUUCAGACUUUUUGUUGUUUGCUUUGUUUUCCACAGACUGACGACUGUAAUCAACCAAUUACAACUGCCAGAAUGAAAGGAGAAGCUUUCACUGGAUUCAAUCCUCCAUCAACUGUUCUCGCUCUUUCUGUCGUUCUGAGUCUGACUGACUAA